GUCGUUCAAAUUUAUACUGCCACCUAUAAAUAUCCAUCUUCUUCCUCCAUUCCUUCUCCAUAAUCAAAUUCUUCAGCAACUUCCACAAUAGCGAAAAUUCAGUUCAAAUUUGUAGUAACCGUUCUUUCUUUCUUUCCUUCUCGUGUCAGAGAUGGUCGAUUUGGGUUGGAAGGCCAACAUGGUUUCCUCUGACAAGACCACCACUAAAUCCCCAAAGCUCAUCCCCACCGCCAAUCUCAGUCUAUCUCUUCCUCUUUCAUUUCGUUCUUCAGACAUCUCCACUGCCUCGCCUUCCUCUUGUUCUUCGUACGACCACUACCUUCGCCUCAACGAUCUCAGGAAGCUGUGGAGUUCUAAGGAGUUUCCGGAAUGGACAAGUGAGUCGGUUUUGAAGCCGGGAUUGCAAGCUUUGGAGAUUACUUUCCGCUUCAUUUCGAUCGUCUUGUCCGAUCCCCGGCCGUAUGUUAACCGCUGGGAGUGGAAGAGGAAGCUUGAGUCUCUCACCACGAGUCAGAUCCAACUCAUUGCUAUGAUUUUUGAAGACGAUGAAGAGGACGACGAAGCGCGCGGCAGAGUUCCGAUCGUUGAUCUCAGUUCAUCCAACGGCGUCAUAACUCGCGAGGGAAGCUCGGCGGAGGUCUGGAAGAUUCGCGGAGAAGCUACCGUUGUAAGCAGAACAAGUGAAUUGAGUCUUCUUCCUCGACUUGCGUCGUGGCAGAGCUCUGAAGACAUCGCGCAGAUGAUUCAGUACACCGUUGAGUGCGAGAUGAGGAGAUGUCCGUACACGCUAGGGUUAGGGGAGCCAAAUUUGGCCGGCAAGCCGAAUAUCGACUACGACCAAAUUUGCAGGCCAAACGAGCUUCAUUCUCUGAGAAAGAGUCCGUACGAUCAAAUUGAAAAUUACGAGAAUCAAACGGUCUACACAACGCACCAGAUCCUGGAGUCGUGGAUUUACGCCGCGCAUGAGCUUCUGAAACGAAUUGCAGAGAGAAUCGAGAUGAAGAAUUUCGCCAGAGCCGCGAAGGAUUGCUAUCUGAUGGAGCGCAUCUGGAAGCUUCUACAGGAGAUUGAAGAUCUUCACCUUCUGAUGGAUCCGGAUGAUUUCCUAAAGCUGAAGAAUCAAUUAGCAAUCAAAUCGCUGCAGGAAUCGGAGGCAUUUUGCUUCAGAUCGACGACGCUGGUGGAGAUUACGAAACAGUGCAAGGAUCUGAAGCACAAGGUGCCGUUCAUCUUGGAUGUGGAGGUGGAUCCAAUGGGCGGACCAAGGAUUCAAGAGGCGGCAAUGAGAUUGUACAGCGAGAAGCGAGAGAUCGAGAAGAUUCAUCUGCUUCAAGCCCUGCAAUCGAUCGAAUCGGCGAUAAAGAAGUUUUUCUUCGCCUACAAGCAAGUUCUGGUAAUGGUGAUGGGAAGCUUAGAGGCGAAGGGGAACCGAGUCGUGGUGAGUUCAAACUCGGACGAUUCACUGAGUCAAAUAUUUCUGGAAUCCACUUAUUUCCCGAGUUUGGAUGCUGCCAAGACGUUUCUCGGCGAUAUGCACAGUGUUUUCGGGUCGGAUAGGAGGACCCGGAUGAAGCUUUAGGACUGAUUCUGACUCGGGUUGACCGAGUUACAACAAAGAUUGACUUUGGUUCUAAAUUGAUUAUACAAAAUAGGUCGGGAUGAAAAUACAGCAAAUUUAAUUAAUUAUUUUUUAUUAAAAGAAUGUAAAAUCUUGCAUCUUGUAUAAUGACAGGUUUAAAGUUUUGCCCCAAUUUAUUGAUUAAACACUUGUUUGGAUGAAGCCA